CCUCCUUCGUCGGCCAUGGCGGACACAGUCACUCCGGCGAGCUCUGACAGUUAUCUUCUUCGAAACUUCGUCCUCUCCCUCAUCAACCCUAAGCGCCUCAAGCUCGGCUACCACUACUUGAUCUCCCACGCACUGCAUUUCAUCCUGCUCCUCCUCCUCGCGGCCUCAGCCGCUAGCCUCACCAGACUUACUUCCGCCGAGGUCCUCCAGAUUAGGGAUGCCCUCCGCCUCCACCUCGUGCCCGUCGUCGCCUGCUCCUUGGCCGCUGCCUUCCUCGCGGCUCUCUACCUCAUGAAACAGCCGCGUCCGGUCUACCUCCUCGACUUCGCGUGCUUCAAGCCGGCGGCGGAGCUCAAGUGCAGCCGAGAAUUCUUCGUGGAGCACUCCAUGAGCACCGGUAUCUUCACCGCCGACAACCUGGCGUUCCAGAAGCGGAUCCUGGAGCGGUCCGGGCUGGGGCAGUCGACCUACUUCCCCGAGGCUAUGCACAAGAAGGCGCCCAAGCCGUGCAUGGCGGAGGCGAGGGAGGAGGCGGAGAUGGUCAUGUUCGGCGCCGUCGACGAGCUGCUGGAGAAGACCGGCGUGAAUGCCAAGGACAUCGACAUACUAAUCGUCAACUGCAGCCUCUUCAAUCCCACCCCCUCCCUCUCCGCCAUGAUCAUCGACCACUACAAGCUCCGGGCGAACAUCCAAAGCUUCAACCUCGGCGGGAUGGGCUGCAGCGCCUGCCUCAUCUCCAUCGACCUCGCCAAGCAACUCCUCCAGGUCCCUGUCCAUGAAUUCACGCACUCUGUUUCACGUUAUAAUUUUCACGUACUCUGUUUUCGACUACUCGAGCAGGUGCAUAGGAACGCGAACGCAUUGCUGGUUAUCACCGAGAACAUCACGCUCAACUGGUACUUCGGGAACGACCGGUCGAUGCUGGUGCCCAACUGCCUCUUCCGGGUGGGCUGCGCCGCCGUGAUGCUGACCAACCGACGCUCCGCCCGGAGGCGGGCCAAGUACCAGCUGAUCCACACGGUGCGCACCCACAAGGGCGCGGACGACCGCAGCUACGGGUGCGCGUCCCAGGAGGAGGACGGCGAGGGUAAGAUAGGGGUGUCGCUUUCCAAGGACCUGAUGUCCGUCGCCGGCGAGGCGCUGAAAACCAACAUCUCCACGCUGGGCCCUCUGGUGCUGCCGCUCUCCGAGCAGUUGCUCUUCUUCCUGACUCUGGCGUCGCGGAGAGUGUUCCGGUGGCGGAGCGUCCAGCCGUACAUCCCCGACUUCAAGCUGGCUUUCGAGCACUUCUGCGUGCACGCCGGCGGGAGGGCGGUGCUCGACGAGGUGGAGAAGAGGUUGGGGUUGGCGGAGGCGCAAAUGGAGGCGUCGCGGAUGACGUUAUACAGAUUUGGUAACACUUCUAGCAGCACGCCUUGGUAUGAGCUGGCGUACACGGAGGCGAAGGGGAGGAUGAGGAAGGGGGACCGGACAUGGCAGAUCGCGUUCGGUUCGGGGUUCAAGUGCAACAGCGCCGUGUGGCACUCGCUGCGCACCGUCGACCCGAAGGAGGAGAAGAAGAACCCAUGGGCCGACGAGAUUCAUGCUUUCCCGGUUCAAGUCCCUACAGUGGAAACCAUCCAUUAGAUUAGAUUAGUUGCUUUUACAGAAUUGAAGAGCAUGUUCAUUCUUCAAUUAAUAUCAAUAACUCUAAUAAUUAAGUGAGGUUUGUAAAAUUA